AUGACUGUGAAUUUCACAAACCAGUCAGUUAUUUACAACGACGAUCCACUCUACAUAUCAGACGAAAAAUUAAGUGCUUCUAACCUGGUUGUUUUUACAAUUUUUAUGCUCAUUAUAUUUGUGAUCAGCUUAGUGGGUAACGUCUCUGUUUUUGUGAUUUUUUACAAAAGACCAAACUUCAUAACAAUAUCAAACAGAUUUAUUAUUAAUUUGUCAGUGUGCAAUUUAUUACAAACAAUAAUAUCUAUGCCGUUUGCGCUUGCUUCAAUGAUAAGACAGGAAUGGUUGUUCGGAUUCAUCUGGUGCCAAUGCUCAGGUUUCCUGAUGAACGCAAUUUUUGCAGCCAGCACUUUAACGUUAGUUGUGAUCGCUAUAGACCGAUAUUGUGCCGUUGUAAAGCCCUUACACUAUUCAUUGCACCUUACACGCAGACGUGCAACUUCGAUGAUUCUUGGUGUGUGGGUGCUGGCAGUCAUUUGUUCAAUACCACCAUUAGUUGGAUGGAAUAAGUAUAAAUUCCAGCGGGACAAAAUUGCGUGUUUGCCGAUUUCCUCUAGAAGUCAGGAGUCCGAUGUCAUAGAAUUCUUGCAGAAUGUCAACACGACUGCAUCUCUGAAUUCGAUGGCUGUACAGGAGGAGGAGGAACACUCCAACAGCAUCAGUUAA